UUAUUUAUGUUUACAAUUUGUAUUCUUGGUACUAUUAACUAAGAAAUAGUUGCUGUAUAAGUAGUAUUAGAAUGGAAGUAUUUCCAGAAGAUUAUAUAAGAUCUGUCGUCGGUAAGGCAGCUUUAGCAUUUAAUUUUACAGAAUGGGAAUACUCGCUGCAAAAGUUGGGAAGUAUCGGGCAGAACUACUUUGGCGUUCUCAUCCCAGUCACUUUAAUUGGAAAAACGAACGGCGAGGGAGUGAAUGUGGCGCUGGUAUUAAAGUUAGCGCCAACAGAUGAGCGGUACCGCGUCAGUGGUGCAGUUACACUUAUGUUUGCGCGGGAGGUUUUUGUAUACUCCACCCUGCUCCAACAUUAUCGAGCGCAACAACAAACAUUGACUCUGCCGCGAUAUGUUGUGCCCGCCUCGUACUACGUGUGCGGAGACUACUGUCGAGAGGCCAUCGUGCUCGAGGACAUGACAAACAACGGCUACAGGCCGUACACACACAGCAUGUUUCUCGACGUCAAUCACGUCACUGAGGCAUUGAAAUCUCUUGCGAUAUUCCACGCGAAUUCGUUUAUCCUAAAAAUACGAAACUUUGAACAAUACGACGAAGCUUCAAACGUGUGUGUGCCACUGACUAAGAAAACAAAUCAGAGGUUCAUGCAAGUAAUGGAAGACCGCUUAAACAAAGCCAUACAGAAAUUCGACAACACGAACUAUGGCAGUUUGUUCGAAACUUUGAAACAAAGCCAUGUGAAAUAUGUCGAGGCCACAUAUACCUCUGUGAGUAAAACCUGUAUUUGUCAUGGAGAUAUAUGGAAAGAAAAUAUUUUAUUCAAGUAUGAGGGCGACACACCUACAUUUGCUUGCUUGAUAGACUAUCAGACGGCGCGUUUGAGUAGUCCGGCGUACGACGUCCUAUAUCUUAUCACGAGCAGUACAGACACGGAGUUGAGACAACAAUACUUUCACGAUCUACUAGACAUUUACUACACGCAAUUUGAAAAGGUACUCCAUUGCGCGGGUUUGCAAUCUCAGGAAAUAUACUCGAGGAAGUUAUUUGAUAAAGAUCUGCAGACGGUCGCUCCUGCGUGCGUCAUUGUUGCGAACACUGCGCUGUGGCUCGCGAGUGGUCUGCAGCAGGAAGGUCACGUUAGAAGCAAGCGUGUGCUCGUCACAGACGAAGAUAAAGCAGCAGCAGCGGAAAACUACAAGCAAAUAAUGAGAGGAAUAAUCGACGAUUUCCUGUCCUAUGAGUACCUUUGUAUGUGUUACCAAAACAACGAAACUAUGUUUGUUUAAGAUAAGGUCCUUGAAAUAAAAAUGUCAUUAUAA